GCUGCUUGGGUGGAGCACUUAAUUGCAGUCGCUAUAAAAACGAGCGAUUCUCCUCUAAACGUUCUCUGAGUGCAGCUGGCCGAAUUUUGUGAAAUAUGGAUUUCUUCAGACUCAGUGUAGUGUUGUCGCUGACAGCGACGUGUUUGCUCCUCACAGAAGUUGUCGAUUCUGUCACUCAAGUGACUACCUGUGAUUCCAACCAAUGGCAGGUCCAUCGCCUGUUUUGUGGACCCGGCGUGAUCAGCAUGCAGCAGGCUUUGUACGGCCGCUCGAGCUCGGGUGUCUGCGCCGACGGCCAAGAUCAAAAGCAGCUGACUAACACGCUGUGCGCUCGGGAGAACACGAUGGACAACAUUAAGACGAGUUGCAACGGGAAGCAUUUGUGCGAACUGAGCAUGGACGACUUCCGCGCUCCUGAUCCCUGCGUCGGCACCUCCAAAUAUUUGCAGACCAACUUCACCUGCUUGCCUGCAGUUACGGUGGUGGCUUGCGAGGCAUCUGUGGCGCACUUGUACUGCGACAUGGGACACGUCAUUUUUGUCUACGGUGCCGACUACGGCCGCCGCGACCGGACCACAUGCGCGUACAGGAGGUCCCCCCAGGAGAUCGACAACGUUGGAUGUCUCCACCCAACUGACAUCGUUUCCAAAAGGUGCAACGGACAAACCAGUUGUAUGAUCACGGCGAGCAACGACCUGUUUGGAGAUCCUUGCGUUGGGACCUACAAAUACUUAGAGGUUACCUACACGUGCCAAUGGUCCUCUUCGAACGCUCAUCAGUGUUGCGGACCGGUUCCUGCGAUAAUCAUGGCCUCCUACUUCAGACGCAGUUCGGCGCUGUUGCUGAUUGCAACAUGUUGGCUUCUCCCAGCAGUUGUCGACUCCGCUUUGCAAGUGACGACCUGCGACUUUAACAACUGGCAAGUCCAUCGGCUGGACUGCGGACACGGCGUGAUCAGCGUAAGCGACGCUUUGUACGGUCGCGCUAGCUCGCUGGUCUGCAGCGAGGGAAGACCUCCCCAGGAAUUGGCCGACACCCGCUGCGCUCAAGGAGAUGCUGUUGAGAGACUCAAGAGAUCUUGCAACGGCAAGAAAUCGUGCGAGGUGACCGUGGAAGAUUUCCGCACUCCUGAUCCCUGCGUUGGCACCUUCAAAUAUUUACAGACCAACUUCACCUGCGUGUCGGCAUUUACGGUGGUGGCAUGCGAGUUGUCAGUGGCGCAGUUGUAUUGCGAUUGGGGGCGUGUCAUUUUCGUUUACGGCGCCGACUACGGACGCCGCGACCAGACCACCUGCACGCACGGGAGGUCUCGACACGAGAUCGAGAAUGUCGAAUGCCUGCAACCGACGGACGUUGUGGCCAACAGGUGCAAUGGAAAGAACACCUGUACGAUCACAGCUAGCAACGCAGUAUUUGGGGACCCUUGUAAAGGCACCUACAAGUACUUGGAGGUUGCUUACACAUGCAACUAUCGAGACAAUAAACCCUACUAG